UCUAAAGCAUGAUUCAAAACCAAAUAAAAUAAGCCAGUUUUCUUGCAGAAUUCGCAGCAAUAAUAAAGACUAAAAAAAAAACCACAAGAACAAUGGCAAAAUAUAUUUCUUUAUGUCUGUCGAUAGUUGUUUUUAAUCUGGAAUCGAUUGCGAAGACGGGUAUUACGAUAACCCGAGGAUCCAAGGGGAAACCGAAACUAAUGCUGGCCGGAUUUGCUUACUUUCGCAAUAAUGUAAAAGGUUCAAAGACUUAUUGGUUGUGCGCCAUGAAUCGGUCGAAUCGCUGUAAAGGUCGAUUGAUUACUUGCUCCUCUAGCGGUGAAUUGGUGAUAAAAAAUCAGGCACAUAAUCAUGAUUUAUUUCUUUUGAACUAUUUGGCAGGCAAUAAGAUUUUCGAGUCCAUCAAUUACGUAAAGGGUCAGCGUGGUUCCCGCAAAAUGGUCUGCGGCGGCUUCUCCUACAUAUGUGCCAAGAUUAAGAAAGGUCGCAAAUAUUGGGUGUGCUCCAAGCAGCGCAGUAGAAAUUGCAAGGCACGCAUCAUUACCGAUCUGGAGGAGGCCGAGUUCUAUACUCGCAACUUAACCCACAACCAUGGCGAAGACAACAGUCUAUCCAAGGAUAGUUCCUAUGAGUUCCACCAAUCAUUUCGGAGUAACGAUUGAUAAAAACAAAUGAAGUAAAAAAAAAUAUACAUAAAAUGAAACAAUUGCUACGCCUUUCUUUUGUAGUUUGCACUACUAGAAGCUGUGUGAAAAUGAUUUUCCAGAUAUUUUGGCAAUCAA